CAUUCCGAGUAUUUACUGGGUAAAAAGAAUGUCGACACUGACGUCCCAGAGUUCGUGAAGGGGAUAAGUAGUUCAGAUUGUAUGAGCUCGUCAGUGUUAAAAUGUGUCGCAACAGGAUAUCUGUCUGUAGCAAUACCUGCCGAUGUCGCAGUGGCUGGAAUUAUGCAACCAAAAGCCUUGCAUCAAAUUUUGUUGCUCGGGGCGCUAAACUACUAGUUUUACACCCUCUCUUGUCCACUUAUCGACGUUGUACACCGCAGUAUUACUAUUAUCAUAUUUGUCGUCCUGUAGAGCACUCCAUAAUAUGGCUGCUCUUAUUACGAGACACCCGCCCGUGCUUACCCAUAUACCCUUUUGGGAUAGCUUUCCGAAGCUUGGAUCAGAUGAACCAACAAACUGGUUCCGACCAUGGCACUGAGAUCCUCUUCGCCUCUUCCUUCAUUUUCGCGACUCUGCAUCCAUGGCACGUUAUUUUUCCCGGCUAUCUAUAUCUCUAGAGAGGGCUAGGCUCUCUGGAACUUAAUCCCGCGGAUUAUCUCCUGAGGCU